CUCACAGAGAGUGGAAACAAAGUCCUCAUAAGCGUCCAAGACCUGAGGUAUCCCGACAAAGACCGCUGGACGAAACCACAGCUCCUUUUCGACGAAAAUGGCUCGGUCAAGGUCAACGUGGCAAGACUAAGGGGCUUUCAAGAGGCCACCCGAAGCGCUUUAGAGCGGCUGGAGACCUUAAAUGAAAGGGUCGCGCUAGAAAAACGCGCUGAGGAGCUGCAAAAAAAGUUAAAAGAAAGGGAGGAAGAAUACGCAAAGCAAACUCAGCUAAUUGUCGAUGCUGAAAAAAAGUUCGGUAACGAAAGAAUGAUGGAAAUGAGAAACCAGUUGGAUAAAGCCCUGCGGGAAAGGGAUAAAGCGCAAAGGGACCUGGAGGAGGCUAAAGGCUUAGGCGCCUCCGUUGAGGCGCUGCGAGAAACGUUGGAAGAAAGGGAGGAAGAAUACAUGAAGCAAAACCAAUGGCUUGCCGACGCACAUAGGAGGGAAGUCGAAUUUAAAAAUCAAGAAAUAAGUGAGCUGGUAGACCAAAGAACCCGAAUUCGGCGUGAAAGGAAUCAAGCACAAAAGGCUCUUAACCUCGCCCUGCAAGAGUUGGACUUAAGAAGCGAAGAUGCUAAUGACUUACAAACUACCAUAGCCGGCUCUUUAGUGGAACGGCGACGGUUGGUUGCCGAAAUUAACACCAUGGAAGAGCAACUUCGGCAAAGAGAUCAGGCCAUCGAAGACCUAGAGGGGCAAAUAGAGCGGCAGCAAGAAGUAAUUGCGGACCAAACUCGUACCGAGGAAGAAAGGGAGGCAGCCCAAAAGGAAGUAGAAACACUUGAAAUACGCCUUGCGGAAUUACGAGCUCAAAAGGAAAAACUGGAAAAGGAGCUGGGGCUUACCACCAAGGAAAAGGUAAAAAGAGCUCUUUUGAAGUAUGGUAUUCCGCUGGCAUUUGCGGUUGCUAUUUCGAGCGUAGUAGGAGUUAUCCUAUCCGCGCUUAAGGCUACAGGCGCGGGCGUAAAGAAAUUAGGCAAUGGGCUGAGUAAUAUAUGA